AUGACGACGGUAUCGCUCAGCAGGCACGACAUCAACGUGCUGGAAAAGAUCAAGGAUCCCGAGUCCAACCCGGCCGCCGGCGUCGUCAUUGACCCUGCUCUGCCUCGCGAUCCCCAGAUUGUCGACCACAGCGCGUACGAGAGAGUGGUGGAGAGGGAACGCGCCAUCAUCCGCACGCUCCAGGCCAUCGAGAUGCAGCUCGGCGGCUUCCAGAGCGACGACGACGCCGACAAGGCCGUGGAGAGCUACAAGAGCUGCGUGUCAGAUUUCGAUCAUCUCAUUUCAGAUUAUCCUCUCUAUGCUAGCGCGAGAAACAACCGCGCCCAAAUCAUGCGCCGGCUGUACGGCGACGCCAUGCUGCUCAGCUACACAGUGACCAUGCCCAUGCCGCUGAUUCCCCAGCCAGAGCAGUCGGAGAAGAGAGCAGCGGCGAAGCAAACAUUGGAGGACAUGGAAACCGCAAUCCGGCUGCUCACCCCGCCCUCGCCAACGUCUCCCAUGUCUGCACAGGCUGCGCGGACGCUGUCCAUGGCGCACACGCAGCGAGCGGCAAUCUACCUCAGGACAGCCAAGCUCAUGCCAGAUCGCCAUGUGGAUCUGGAUGAAAGCCGCGAGGAAGCCACCUGGUCUCGCAUCGACUUUGAGGAGGCCGCAUCGAGAGACUUGGCGCUCGGAGGCCGAUAUGGAAACCAGAUUGCCAAGGCGUUGGCCGUCAGUGUCAAUCCCACGGCGAAGCUCUGCGGGCAGAUAGUUCGAGAGGCGAUGAAGAAGGAAUAUGGCCCCGCGUUUGAGGUCUAA